AUGAAUGUUUUGGGAAAACUGGACUAUAAUCACUUUGAAAAUCAGCAAACAUUAAAAGAUCAAUUUAGUAUUGACUCUAUUAAGUGGCUUCCCAAAUCUCCUAAACUGUGCAGUGGCCAUAACUGGAGUUCCCAGGGCUCUCGCUGGGCCUCCUUGAAAGGAAAGGAAAGUUUUCAUGGUGAUAACCUGUACAAAUUCAGCUCUGCUAAUGAAAAAUGGAGAAAAGGAAGGAUCAGUCCUGAGCAAGAAGCGGAGGAACUGGAGGAUCCUGAUGAUGAACCUAUUUCCAAGUUUUCUGGCAGCCUUUUUGAUACCGAUGAUAGCAUGAGAGAUCAAGUAAAUACCAGAACAGCUCUUCAAGAAAAGCGCAAGUCAGCGAUGAAAGGGAAGACUCUUCCAGGGACUAACACUAAGGUGCAGCUACCCAUCUUGGCAGCGGGCAGCUUCCCUGGGGAGAGUGGCCGAAUCCCAGAGGAAUCGAAGAGGGUGGAUGUACUGCAGCCCCCACUGAAGAUAACCAUUACUGUGUGCAGUCAAAUGGGGAGUCUUGGUAUUAGCAUUGCUGGUGGAAAGGGCUCAUCUCCAUGUAAAGACAAUGAUGAGGGGAUUGUGACUGCAUGGCUGCCGAAAGGUGGUGCAGCAGACUUGGCUGGGGUACAAGCAGGAGACAGAGUGGCAGAGGUAUCCCUCAUUUCAGAAGCCGAUGCCCUUCAUGCUGGUUCUACUGAAGCUUCUUCCAAGGGCGGCCCUUUCCCAACAGUAAACCACGUCAUAACCAUACCUCGGAUAAUCCUCACGCGCCCUUCCACCUCCGAUGAAGAUACUGACCAGUUGCCUCCAGACCCGGAUGACUUUGAGCCCGAGGAACCUGACAGCGCAGAAGGCCACGCCUAUUCGGACUGUCUGAACAGUGCUUUUUACCCUCCCUAAUAAAAUACUUUUCUGGAAAGAGAUCACCGGUGGUUUUCUUUCCCAUUGUUCGAUUAUGUUUAAUGUAGUAUUUGAACCGCUAUGCCUUAUUUGUAGGGAAAACUAUUACAUGGAGGAUGGAUUUGAGUGGGGGAGCAGAACCUGUGUUUGUGUUUCUUUGCCUUGAACUUUCCUUCGGACAGAAAUUGUGCACUUGAAACAAAAUGUGGUGGGUGAGCUUAUGUGAAUGCCACCGCACAUUUCCAUAGCCACUUGUAAGGGUGUCCCACAGCACCUAAAUGCAAUGGUGAAAAGGGCAGGUGUUUUUUAUUCGGAUGGUACUUUAUCCAUUUGGAAACACACUGAAAACAAUUGUAUAGCUAGUUGGAGUUGUUUUCUAAACCUUGUGUCCAUGUUUUUUCUGUAUAGCUCACCCUUUUGUCUACACCAGAUUCCUUUGAAUUGUCCCUUUUAAUGUUGUUUUCUAUGAGAAUAAAAAUUCCUUUCUGUCUUUUAAA